UCGUUUUUAUUAUUUUAGCCCCCAUAGUUCUCAAUUAUUACCAGUAUGAUAUUGGAGUAGCUCUUUCUCUCUCCUAUCUUUUUCGGCGCUUUCUCUCUCCUAACUUCUCGGCGCUUUCUCUCAAUUAUCCCGGAGUCGUCAAUGGCGACUACUCAAGGAGCUAGUGGACCUCCACCGAAACCUUGGGAAAGAUCAGGAUCGUCGUCAUCUGGUCCAGCACCAUUUAGACCCCCUUCGUCUGGUACUACAAGUGACGUCGUGGAGGCUUCUGGGACUGCAAAACCGGGAGAAAUUGUUUCAACUUCUGAUCGCAAUACUACUAUGAACACAAAUUCUGUUGGCAGGCCUCUCCCGUCAAGGCCUUGGGAGAGUAAUACCGGAAACAGCAGUUAUGGAGGUAGAAUCAAUUCUGGCAUGGCAUAUAACUCUGGAUAUGGAUCAGGGAUGUAUAAUUCAGUUGGUGGGGGUUAUGGAGGGAUGAGUGGGGGUAUGUAUGGUAGUAGCAGCAUGUAUAGAGGGGGAAUUGGAGGGGGAUAUGGAGGGGGAAUGGGAGGCGGAUAUGGUGGCGGGCUUUAUGGUUCUGGAAUGUAUGGAGGAGGAGGGGGGAUGUACAAUAGCGGCUUGGGAGGAACCAUGGGUGGUUAUGGAAUGGGCAUGGGCAUGGGGGGUCCCUUUGGACCUCAAGAUCCCAAUAAUCCUCCUCCAUCUCCACCUGGAUUUUGGAUUUCUUUCCUUCGUGUGAUGGAAGGAGUGGUAAAUUUUUUUGGGCGGAUAUCUCUUCUGGUGGAUCAGAACACACAAGCUGUUCAUUUUUUCAUGUCUGCACUCUUACAGCUCUUUGACCGAGGAGGUAUGUUAUAUGGAGAAUUGGCUAGAUUUGUAUUUAGAGUUUUGGGGUUAGGAAGAAAAUCUAGGAAGAUUAGCCCAAAUGGGCUCCCAUUGCCAGGACCAGACAUGCAGAACGAUCAGAAAUUCAUAGAGGGACCAAAAUCUGCACCUGCUGGCGGAUGGGAUAACGUAUGGGGCAAUGAUGCAAGAAGAUAAUGCUACAAUUUUUGCUCACUGUUAUCUAAAGCUAAAAAGCCCCUCUCGUACACUCGCCAAGGGAAUACAAGUCAGUUUUUGGAGCCGCCAUUUCUGCAAUUAUGUACGUUGUGUAUCAUAGUUCUUGUCUCUCUUUUUUUCACAUCUAAUUUGAUGUAUUACCAUUGUUUAAAAAGAACUGAAAUGUACUAGGUGUUACUCCACUUUGAAGUUCCUAUUAUGUAAUGGACUAAUGGGAGUCUGCAGUAUGAUGAAUAAAAUAAACAAGUACAGUACGAAGUAUGUUCUAAAAAUACCAAGUACUAUAAAAUAAUUAGUGUUCUAAAUAAUCAAAGGAGGUUUCCCUUUUACUUGGUA